CCGGCAGCCGCCUGUGGUGGACCCUUUUGCUCGUCGCCGAGCAAAGAAUUUAUGCAAUGAGGCAUGUUCACUAACUUCUGGACCGGAAGUCAGAGAACAGAAGCAAGAACCAAAACCGCUUCGGCGCAUGUGGGGAUCAAACGCCGGAAGCAGUUGGCGGACGGCGGUUCCUGUAGACUGCACCGACAAACAGCAACAACUCCAGCAGCACCAUGGCGCCCGCUGCCAAGCGUAAAAAUGCCAGCGAGGCCGGACCUUCCGAAGGCGGACUUGGCGCGGUCCGCAAGCAGAUGCGACUUAGUGCCUUGGAGGAGGAGAAUGCUGAUCUGAGGGAGCAGCUGGCCGCACUUCAGGCCCCGACUCAAGUCCUGAAGUACGUGGAGGCGGACCGCCCAGGUUUUUUGAAGAAUCUAAAUAAAAGCAAGGGAAUCUUGAUGUUGGACCUGUCCGAUCUGAAACGAGGGACCAAUAGCUUCGACAGCGGAUGGUACGGCAUGUUCCCGAAGUGGAAACCCGAGAAGAGGCUGGACGGAACGGUGGCAGCCAUGGUCGCAGCCACCAACGAAGUGCAGGGUCUGGACCUUGGUGAUGGAAGCUGGGCAGCCGAAGACCAUUAUGCCCAGGAGCUAGUGAAGAUGCUUCGCAAGUACAGCAAGACGCUGACGAAUGUCCGGGUGGCCUUGAGCACACUGGUAGAGCGGUACGAGACUGUCGCCAGCCUCAACAAGAAGGGACGCCACAGGAAAUACGCCCAGAUCACCAUGGGCAAGUCCAACGUAAUGAACGUGCUCGGGGGCAUGUCGAAGCUGUCCUCCAUGAAGCUGAUCGUGAACUGCGUCGGCCGGAGCGACCACUGCGAGGUGGCGUACGGCGGCGAGUUCGCCACGGACGUGGCUAAGAAGAAGCUGUUCGGCAAGCUCAAACAGCUGGAGGUGUUCCUGACGGACGAGUGGGUGCGUGCCCACAUGGGCGGCGCCGACGCUGAGAAGGCGGAGGACGGCCUGGGGUCGGAGGGCGGCCAGGAGUCGGAUGACGACGAGGACCAGCCACCGCUGCGAAGGUGGACCGCCUACAAGCCGCCUCGACGCGACCAGCCCGACGCCAUGGUGUCCGACCUGCUGCGGUGCCGCGGCGACGUGAUGGCGCACCUCGACAUGGUGCCGGUGCGGCAGGCCCAGGCCGAGUCCCCCUUCGUGGCGCAGAUCGCCAAACUCGGCAAGCUGCGGUCCAUCGCCCUGCAGGCCGACAUGCUGGCCGUCACCAGGAAAAUGGGCAGUCUGGAAUCCAUAGAGCUGCAUUUAGAUGGGCGGCUCUCUACAGAAGCUGUAGAAAAGCUCUCUGAGCUGUUAAGUACAGUUCAACCGCUGCAGAAGCUAAAGAAGCUUGACAUCAAGCUUCGACAGGCUCGUGUUGGAGAACAGGUGUGCCCGCUGCUGGCGGCCGUGGCGGAGAACUGCACCCGCCUGGAGGUCUUCAAGUUGAACGGCAGCGGCUGGCGGCAGGAGGACGUGAGCGCGCUGCUGCAGGGCGGCGCGUCCGAGUCGCUCCGCGAGCUGCACCUGGACCAGUGCGGCGCCCUGGAGGCCGUCCACCUGCCCAUGAUCGCCGCCCUGCCCAAGCUGGCCAAGGCGCGUCUGCCCAGCAGGCUGCUGGGCCAAGCCGGCGCCGCGGCCGUCAAAGAGCGCGGGCUGGACCUGCGUUGGCAGUACUAGUGUCCGGACAUCGUGUGCGCUGCCGGGGCUUAGACUGUGGUUGUUCGGACGUCUGGAUUUUGACAGUGCUAGUUUGGACUCCCUGUGCUCGGUCUGGACCUUGACAGCACUAGUUUAGACGCCCUGUGCACUGUAUGAACUAUGACAGACAGCGCUAGUUUGGACGCCCUGUGCACUGUAUGAACUAUGACAGCACUAGUUUCGACGCCCUGUGCUUAGGACUUUGACGAUUUCAAUGGUGAAUGUUGUUUCAAGGUAAUGGAGGUGGUUAGUGCCCUCACUUUUAGUGUUAAGUAUUGAUGAACUAUGUGAGAAGCUGUGUUUCAAAUUACUUUUUGGUUAUUUGUAUGGUAAGUGCAGACUGUUGAACUUUCGUUCAAUGAAAGUUAAGCGGUUGCUGCUGCUUGUACCUGGUUUUGAACAAACUCGCUUUGCAUUCCCUUUUGGUUUCUGAUUCUAAUACUCAAUGUAGAUUUAAGAUUAAUCUGAUGUCAUGGGGUUGAAGACUUCUUGAUUGCAGCUAAGUUGAGUCCUUAAUUUUAGUUCCUUAUUGAUUGACUACUUAAGCGCAGCUGCGUUUCAAAAAAUUGUCGGGUACUUUGUAUGUAUAGGGUCUUUAUGACACAUGUUGAACAUUCUUUGAUGGAUGUAAGCAAGCAGAUAAUGCUUCUAUUGGAAACCUGACGUUGGACAAAUUUAGCCUGCAUUUCUGUUUCCUAUUUAUUCAAAUGCUCAAUGUAAGUCGUGACACUCACUGUAUGUAAUGGUGUUGAAACAUUCAAUUAUUCUCGCUCAUUAUUACAAUGUUUUGGCCCUUACUGAGCACCUCGGAGUUUUUCUUGAGGUGGAUGGUAUGCACUGCUUUCCGUACAUGAUAGGCAAUUUUAGUUUAUCAUUGAUGAAUAUCUGUGUUCUCUCAGUGCAUUCCAAUAAAUGUUUCAUUUCGUA